UCACUUCUUUUGCAGUGAGCCAAAAAAAAAAAAGACAAUGGCGUCCUCCUCAGCGUAUGCAACGUUGGCUCUCUGUUCUUCUUUCGCCACUCAUUGCAAAAUCUCUAAUCAUCCCCAUCACCAAAAUUCUCUUCUUUUCUCUCCUUCCAAAACUCCCUUUUUCUCUCUCUCUAACCCUUUUUCUUUCAAGUUCACUCCAUCUCCUCUCCUCUCCAAAGCACCCACGUUUUGUACAAUUCCCAAAUCCUCUGAAUCCGACGCCGCCGUUGUUGAAGCCGAACCUGAUAACAUACAGCCCGAACCAGAGCCAGCACCAGAACCGGCUGAGGUUGUUGAGGCUGCCAAGGAUGAGCCCAAAAGGGAAGAGAUUUUUGCUGUUGUCAUGAUUGGGUCUCGCCAGUAUAUUGUUUUCCCUGGACGAUAUAUUUAUACUCAGAGGCUUAAAGGUGCCAAUGUCAAUGAUAAGAUUGUUUUGAACAAGGUAUUGCUUGUGGGUACAAAAACAACAACCUAUAUUGGAAAACCGGUGGUGACUAAUGCUGCUGUACAUGCUGUUGUUGAAGAGCAGGGAUUAAAUCCAAAAGUAGUUGUCUUCAAGUACAAGAAGAAGAAAAACUAUCGGAGAAAUAUUGGACAUCGACAGCCGAAUACGCGGAUAAGGAUAACAGGCAUCACAGGCUACCAAGACUAUCCUGCAGUGACGCUCAACUCCUGAAAUUCCUUGUGGAGGAUUGGAUGCCACAGUUUUUGUUUCUCUCUGUUUCCCAUUUUGUAUGUAUUUCAUUUUAAAGUUGGCAUCUAGAUUGAUAUAUUCCUUAAGAAUAGAGAAUUAUGAAAAACCAGUUGAUCAAGUAUAUAUUGUCAGAACAAUGAUUAAUUAACUUCAAUUUCCCAACAA